AUGAUAACACAUUUGAAAGGACUUCACCCACAAAAGGCCAUCCAAGUUUUGCGAAAUGCGCAAUGCUUCUUUUUGGAUGUAGACAGUACCCUUAUACAUGAAGAAGGGCUCGAUGAGUUCGCACGGUAUUUGGGCAAGUAUAAGGAGGUCUGCUCCAUAACUAACCAGGCAAUGGCGGGCGAAAUAUCCUAUGUAGAAGGUUUUGAAAAGCGAAUGAACUUGCUGCAUCCCACAAUCGAGCAGAUGACUUCAUUUUUAAGAAACUGGAAUCCGACCCUCACAUCUGGCGUGAAAGAGUUUAUUUCCUAUUUGCAGAACAACCGGAAAUUGGUGUAUCUUGUGAGCGGAGGCAUAUCACAUCUUGUAUUUCCAGUGAGCGACAAGCUAGGUAUUCCACACGAUCAUGUUUUGUGUAAUGAAAUCUACUUUUCGAAUGGUUUAUACAGUGGCUUUGAUCGUUCUCGGCUUAUAAACAAUCCCAGGGGCAAAUGCCUUGAAAUUGAAGAGGUUUUCGCCCAUAUUGGAGAGAAAGAGAGCGUAAUGAUCGGUGACGGAGCAACGGAUCUGGAAACAAAAGACGUAGUGGACGCCUUUAUCUGUUUUACAGGAGUAAAAGAUCGUCCUUCAGUUUCAAGCCAGGGCGACUUAGUGAUCGCAUCCUUCCACGAUCUAUUAUCCCUCCUCCUCCUCCUUUCUCCUUUUUUCUAA